AUAAGUUAAAUAUUUUUUCAUGGAAGUAAAAUGAAUUAAAUGACACAUAAGUUAUUUAGGAAUAUUCAUAAAUGGUGAGGAAGAAUUUCGUAAAUAAUCUGGUCAAAGUAGUUUUUUGAAAAAACUGGCUUAAAAAUAAGUAGAUGAUAGAGUUUGAGUUCCAAAUGUCUUCAAGUGUUGCAGAGAAAGAGGCCCCUACUUUCCCAGCAGAUGACCUCUUCUACAGAGGUAACCUCCUCCCUCUUCACCUCCCUCCAAGGCUCCAAAUGGUCCAAAAGCUCCUCCAAACCACCAUUGUUGAAGACCCCAAAUGGCCCAAAAGCUCAACAGCACCUCCCACAAAAACACCCACAACUCCAUUGGACUCCUGCAACAUUUCCCCAUCUGAAUCUUGCAGGGUGAGCUGUGAGCUCAACCCUCAAGACUUCAACUUUGCCUGGUCAACUGAUCUGUCCACUCUCAUCAAUGCCCACCCAAAGAAAUCUUGGUCAAAGAAGCUCAAACUUGUCAAGAAGUCUCUGACUACCAGCCACAAGAUCAAGGCUUAUCUCAAGGGGCUGUUCAUCAAAUCUGGAAGUGAUCACCAGCCUUUUCCCAGAAAUCAAGAUUUGGAUGGUGUUCAUGUGAAAUCCUCAUCUUCUCCAAACCCAACCAUUGCUAGUGUGCUCAGGAAUGGUGAGAAGGAUGAGAUUGAAGAAAAUGUGGUGAAUAGUCACAGCAGAAGGGUCAGACUGCAAUUAUAUUCUUUACCCAUUUUUGCUAGAAGAAAUGCACCGUAAUAAGAGUAAAAGAUAGGCUCUAUACCCAAAGUAGGACCUAAAAGAUAAACUUCCCUAAAUAAGAGUUAUUAAUGUAAUCUUAUCCUAAUCAUAUUUCAAUACUUCCAUCAUUUUCAAUGGUCUAUUCUCUGUGCAAUCUUCUUUCCGUCAUUUUCGAUGCAAUAUCCUCUUUGACAAAGUGGUUGCUCCGCUCAGCUCGCAGCACGCCCUUCUUCGCCUCCGUUUCUACGAACAUUUUGAGACCCCUACAUGCGUGGUCUCAAUCAAGGCGAAGGUCGUGUUAGUCGAUGGCGUAACUAGAGUGGAGGAAGAAGAAGAGGAUCUAGAUCUGAAAACUAGGUAUGAUUGCGUAGAGCAUCCGAAGGAACCUCUGUGAAUUGGGUUCAAGGAUUCUGAGGAGGGUAAAGUAGAAAUUCAAAAUUGGGGAAUUAGGGUUUGUGGGUUGGGGGGUUGAAUGUUAGGGAUAAUGUGUAUGAUUGGAGAGAUGUAAGGCUAGGAGUGGAUGAAACUACGUACAAUUUCCGCACUCUGUACGAGAUUAAAUGUGAGAGCAAUGAACCAGAAAGAGUGAAUGGGAUGAUUGCGGAUUUGAGGAGUUCUUGAAGGAGAAUGGAAUUGAGUAGUCUUAUUCUGAGAAGUACAAGUUUGCUUUAUUCAGGGAGGGGGAAUUGCCUCUGAGCAAUCAUGGCGGUAGCUGAGCGCUAGCUGCUUAGCGAGGGUGGCUGGCUUCGUGUGCGGCGUCUUGUGCUAAGGCCAUGUGAUGGGGAAAGCAGUAAACUAUGGCAGCGUCGACGACGACGACAAAACAUGGCAGUGUUGUAAAAAUAAAUGUGAUUGAAGUAUCACUGACAUCGAUGGAAUUUUAAUAGAUGUCGACAGAGACGAUGUCAUCGGUGACAUCAUUGGUGGCGGCUGGGAGAGCCGGCAUCGGCAAUGAUUGAGGCGGUGUCAUUGGUGGCAUCAUUGGUAGCACCUGGGCCGCAUCCCCGGUAGCGCAUGAUACAAUUGAGAGACAAUAGAGCUAUGUUUUAAUAUAUAUUAAUUUGAAGGAAAGAGAGAAAAGAGGGUGGAGGCGUGGAACCGAAGUGGUGCCUGGAGCAUGUGAUGGGGAGAAAGAUUGAUAGAAAGAGAUUGUGUGUGCAAGAGAAGAUGAGAUUAAUUGUGUUAAUUACUCCUAUUUAGAGGAGUUUAAGUUUGAACUCUUACUUUGGAGACAUGACAUAUGUCUUACUCCUAGUUUGGUCCUUUUCCCUUUUUGUUACAUAAUUAAUAAUAUAAUUAAUAUAUUAUUGUUACCAUU